UGCAAAAAAGGUGGUUCUACUCUCCGAUUUUUCGUCCGGGAAUUACUUGCCCAACUCCAGCCUUGGCCUCUAUUAUUAAUUAUGGUGGUCGCAACAGUGGCCGGCCAUGUCCGAUAUUCUUGACGUCACUCUGGGUUCCCAGCCAGAAAAGGAGCAUUCAAGCUGAAAUGCGAUUUUUGGGAGUUUUAAGGGCUUUUCGAAAAUCGCUUUUGAACGCACCUGCCUGCUGCUGCGUACAACGUGUAUGGAAUCGAUAAUAAGGCCGGCGGCCGGCCUGUGAAGGGAGACGUCAUGAUGCGCAGCGUCCGCUAAAAAUAAAAGGAAAUAAAAAUGUACGAACCUAUUAUCCUUCAGCUUCGUCUUUAUCCCCCGACCCCUCUGCUAAAACAUGGAAAGAUAAGGUCAAAGCUAAGGGUUCCGUAUGGGGCAAGUAUGCGAUGGAUAAAAGUGUCAAGGUCUCAGACAACUUGGGAGGAAAAGUGAACGGUUUAGCCGAAAGGAGGUUUGGCACUGAGGCCUUUUGGCCCGUGACGGGCGAUUUCCCCAAGGAGAUGGACAAAUGUGCAAGAAUUCUGAGGGCAUUCACAGUGGAUGGUGUCAUUACCGAAGAAAAGAAAGACGAGGAUGCCUCUGGGUCAAAAAAGAAGAAAGUCAUUCGCAAAAUUCCCCCGGCUGUCAUCGCUAAAGCAAAGGGUCUUGCCAUCUUCACCUCGAUGAGGUCAGGUAUUGCUCCAUUUGGAGGUGCAGGAGGUGCUGGCGUGGUGGUGGCCAAACUCCCUGACGGAACCUGGUCCGCCCCCGCAUCCAUCUCUCCUAAUAACCUCAGCACCGGGUUUUUAUUAGGCGUAGAUAUCUACGAUUGCGUGUUGGUCAUCAAUACUCAGAAAGCCCUUGAUUCUUUCAAGACCCAUAAGGCAACUAUUGGGGCAGAGCUUGGUGUCGCGGCGGGUCCCUAUGGGGCUGGUGCAGCAGUAGAGGCGGGGUUGGAAAAAGCUCCUCUGUUCAGCUAUGUGAGAAGCAGAGGAAUAUAUGCAGGUGUUGAGAUUGUAGGACAGGUGUUUGUCGAAAGAUACGACGAGAACGGCGCCAUGUACCAUUGGCCGGAUGUUAAGGCUGGGGAUAUUCUUAGCGGAAAGGUCAAGGUCCCAGUGGAAGCUGCCAGGCUACACAAAGCACUUAAGGAUGCGGAAUCGGGUAAGGCGCAGAAAGAAAAAGGCAGCGCUCUUGAUAUCGUGAUCCCCGAAGGCGCAACCGAGCUGGAACUCAACGACGGGGAGGUACUUAAGCUUCCCCCUACACCGGACCAAACGACGGGCGAUGAGCAAGAAUCUGACCCCGAAACAGAAAGAAUACUCUACCCUUCUCGUCCUGGGUCACAUAACCCUUCCUUCACUUCGAUUGACAAAAUAUCCCGAGAUUAUUCACCAACCUGCGGGGAGCCUACAGGUGAUGCCCACUCCCCAAAUCCCAGGCUAACAGUGCCUCCUCCUUUGCCUAGUCGCCACCCAAAACGCCCGUCACUGGAGAAAAAGCAAUCGUCCGCUUCCGAUUAUUCGGAAGCGGCCAACAACGCCCCUUCCACAUCAGCGCUUGAAGCCGAUGUCCCACCUUCUUAUGCUGAAGCCUAUGUCAAGGUUGCAACAGGGACAGAGUAUCCCGAGGAGAGGUGGGAAUCUUCCUUGGAUGAUACAAACAGGGAUCAAAUGAGUGCAGCGGAGAAGAAAGAAUGGGAGCAGUACCUCGCAGAUCAAAAAAGCCAGGGUGGCCAUUUGCCAUCAAGCCUGCAAGAUGGUACUGUCGAGGGAGAAUUAUCGGACAGGCUGCAAAACCAAGUGCUUGGCUCUGAUGAUAAAAAUACGGAUAGCUUGACAUAAUUGACUUGUAAAUGAGAUUUUAUUGUGAUUCUUGAUGUUCAAUUCACUGUCUUGACCAUCGAAGAUAUUCAUUCAUGUGUGAAUGGUUACAGCAGAUGCAUACAACAAAGAUGUAC